GAGAUAAGCGUUCGAAGACAUAUCUCUUGAGUGAGCUCUGAGGCUGUGGACAGUAAAGGCUUCAGUGAACUACGGUGACAAUGGGAGGACGUGAGUGCAGUACUCUGGAAACUUUACUUUAUAAUAUGUAUCUUUUUUCAUCUUCUGCUUUCACGACUUCCUCGACUUCCUCCUCCUCUUCAAAUUCCUUUGGAAACAUAAACAGGAUACCUACUAGUGGAGCUUCCUGGAAGACUGCUCAACAGGACAAACUGGAUUAUAAGGGUGCAAAAGCUUCACAGACUCUGGCUGAGACCGACAGUGAUAGGAUGAAGAAGUACAGAGACAAAAUCAUCAGAGUUGCCAAUGAGACCGGAAUCCAACCGUGUCUUAUUGCUGCCAUCAUCUCCAGAGAAUCCAGAGCUGGAAAAGCUCUGAAAAAUGGCUGGGGAGACUGGAGCCCAAAAAGACAGGCAUGGAACGCCUGGGGACUGAUGCAGGUGGAUGUUAAUCCAGAGGGUGGUGGACAUACACCCAGAGGUGCCUGGGACAGUGAGGAACAUAUUCUCCAGGGCAAAGAAAUAUUAAUAAGUUUUAUUGGAAAAAUCAGGAAGAAAUUUCCCAAGUGGUCAAAAGAGCACCAACUAAAAGGAGCCAUCGCAGCCUACAAUCAGGGGGAUGGAAAAGUUCAUUCUUUUGAAAAUGUAGAUGAAAAUACAACAGGGAAGGAUUACUCCAAUGAUGUUAUUAGCAGAGCUUUGUGGUACCAAAGAAAUGGUUAUAAAAACUGAAGUGUUAUGCGAUCCUGUUUCCGUGUUUAUAAUAAGUAAGAGAAAUCAUGCAAAAUUUGACUAUUAACCAUGUCAAUUUUUUUUUUAAUAUUCUGCUUGAGCAGAAUUAUGAAAAGGUUUUUGUUUCACCAAAGCACCAUCAACGCCUAGCAUUGUCCUUAGGUGAGACGCACAUUCUGCAUCAGGCCUGCCUCAAUCAGCGAUUGGUCCAUUGUCAAAAUGCACGGCAAAAGUUUAAAAACAAACAACAACAACAACAACAACAAAAUGUAUCGGGGGGGGGGGGCGCUUAAUGAAUUUGUGAAUCACAGUGUGAAAAGUGAAUAUGUUUGAAUAAACCUGUACCUAUUUGCAU